AAAUUUUAAUUAUGACCUGCAUCUUAACAUUUAUAUAAAUAUAUAUCAUAACCUAAAUAUAAAUAAUUUAACAACUUAAAUUAAAGAAAAAAAAAUUCUAGCCCGGAUUAAUCCCUAUUAAAACAAAAAGUCUAUAUAUAAAUGCUCGUAGGUGACCAACUUCUCCUCCUGACUCAUAAAAGGCCUAUCACUUCUGCAUUAUUAUCAAAAAUCGCAUUUGAUGGAGGAUAAGAACAAGAACGGAGAAGAAGAAGAAUGUUCUAUAGACGGAGACAUACUCGCCUCCAUCCUCUCCAACUUGCCCCUCCUCGACCUCGAUUCAGCUUGCCACGUGUCCAAAUCCUGGAACCGCGCCGUCUUCUUCUCCCUCCGUCGCCUCAAGUCCACACCGUGGCUGUUCGUCUUCAAACAGAGGAGUCUUUCGCCGUACACCUUGGCGGCGACGGCGUACGAUCCCAAGUCCGAAAAGUGGAUCGAGCUCAGAACCGGAUCAUCUCCCGUCGAACACGUGUCCGCCGCUCGAUCCUCCCACUCCACGCUGCUCUACGCGCUCUCCCCGGCGAAACUCUCCUUCUCGAUCGACGCGUUUCACCUGAGCUGGCGACACGUGGCGCCGCCGAGAGUCUGGAGGAUCGAUCCGGUCGUCGCCGUCGUCGGAAGGUGUCUGAUCGUGGCCGGCGGCGUGUGCGAGUUCGAGGACGAUAGACUCGCCGUGGAGCUGCUCGACGUCGAAUCCGGCGAAGAAGCGUGGGAGAGAUGCGAGUCGAUGCCGCAGUACCUCUCGGGAUCCGCGUCGUCCACGUGGCUUUCCGUCGCGGUCAGCGCGGAAACGAUGUACGUGACGGAGAAGGCAUCGGGUGUUGCGUGUUGCUUCGAUCCAGAGACGAAAUCGUGGACGGAGCUUCUCGAUUUCUCUCCCGGCGACUGUAGAUUAUACUCGCGCGUGAUUGGAUUCGUCGGUAACCGUCUCGUCAUGGCUGGGAUCACCGGAGACGAGGAUAAUCCGACGGGAAUCGAACUGUGGGAAGUAGCUUCCACCGAAUCGCCGAUGAAACUCAAAUUCGAAUCGAUUGGAUCGAUGCCUACGGCGUGUUUGGAGAAACUCAGAGGGAUUGAUUCUGAUUGGCCGUUAUCGUCGAUAGUGUUUAACGCGGUGGGAGAUAUGGUUUAUAUGAGUAACGCGGCGGAGACGGGAGAGAUCGUUGCGGCGGAGAUGGAAGGAGGAAAGCUAUGCAAAUGGAGGACUCUGCGUUACGCAGACGCUAGAGGUCACGCGGGAGAGAGACUUAUCGUUGCGUGUUCAAACGUUAGUUUUAGCGAUUUGAAACGUGCGUUUAGAGAUGACUUGCGUUUCUCUGUGAUGGUGUGAACGUAUAAUAUUUGAGUUUAUCCAUGCAUGUUUUAAAUUCAAAGUUUACAAGUCAAUGUUGACGUUAUUUUGAUUUUUAUUACAACAACCCAACUUAUGUAAUUUAUUCAAUAAUAAUAUUGUUUUGGGAAUU